CGCUACCGGAUGCCGCCUGUCGUACCGUCGGCUCACGGAGCAAAUCGCCGGUACCACGGACUUUCAACAACCCAAACUCAACUCCGAGGCUCUGAGGUCCACUUCGCCAUUUACAGCCGCUGGAUUGACUGGCUACGCAUGGAGGAACAGCGGUUCGGGUACACUUCAAAGCCGUUCCAGACAACUUCCAGACAACCCCCCGAGGACGUGAUGGGGGCGGAACACGGUUCGGAGGUCGGCGAGUUGCGGUACAUGUUUGAGGACAACUAAAAAGAACCCAAUGCCGGGCAGUCAGUAUAACAAGGAAGAACUCACUACGGCGCGCACUGGCCUGGGCAUCUCAAUUUGCGGUAAAAAGACGUGAUUUCUAAAGAACGACUAGAAAAGAAGGCAAAGAGCGACGCCGACCUCUGGUCCUGUCAACACAGGACAGACCAGAGGGCAAUCUGGGAACUUUCGGGGUUGAGAUGCGAGAAAUGAAUGUGAUCCUGAGGAAAGCGACAAAGAAUAGUCUCGUCAUUCUCCACGAGCUCGGCCGUGGGACCUCGCAUAAAUAUGACCUGGCAAUCGCCCUUUCCGUGUCGGAGAGCCUGAUCGACAUUGGCUGUCGCGUGUGGAGGGCUAGCUGCCCACCUUAGACUAUAUGAGGCGGGUAGGCCAAUAAAAAAAGAGUAGAAAUUGUACAAGAUGACAUUGGGUACGGGUGUGAAUAAGCCCAUAUUUCUCAGGAGUUUGUUGCCUGUAUAAUAGCCGCAGCCGUAACGUGGUAAAU